AUGUCAGAUAGUCAGACCAAAGAAGUCCAAGUCGCCGUGCUGGCGCGUUCGCCUUCGGACGGAAGUUCGUCUACUCUGUCUAUCAAGCCUCCGUCACUGAAGUCACCGAGGACAGCACGCUUCGCAGAGGCUACGGCCGUCAACUCGCCCAUCGAGCCUUCGAAGACUGGCAGGAACCCAUUCAAGGACCCACCGACGAAGUACUACAUGGCGCAGCCACAGGAUGUUGGCUUCGGCUACAUCAACAAGCAUGAGUCUGUCGAGAUGCCUGACGACGAGUAUCAACCACCACUCACGGCACGAACGAUACCGAAAACCCCUCUCAAGAGUGCCAUGAAGACUCCUGGUGCUCCUCCCCGAGACAUGAACGCUAUCCUGAGUCCGACAUUCCGAGAGGAGCAAGUGCUUGAGAAGCACGAAGCCUACACUGAGAAAGAACAAGCCAAAGAUCUUAAAGUCAAGACACGAGUACGGAUAGCGAAGCUGAUGCUACGAGGUGUCAACUUCUCUUGCUCCUUGAUCGUGAUCGCUAUGUUGGCCACCACCUUCACGAUUUUCAACGCCACCAAAGCCAUACCGACACGGAACAACCUCCCACCCUGGGCCACAGGCCAGAAGGUCUGGCCGCAGGCUCUCCUGCUCGGCAUUGCUUGUGUUUCGCUAUUCGCCUGCAUCAUCAUUUUCCACGCAUACUGGAAAGGUGGACACCGGCGAGCGGAGAAGAUGGCAGUCUACUACACGGCAUUUGCGGUCGCCUUCUUCAUCUUCAGCAUUGUCAUGUGGGGAGUCGGCGCCGCAGUAAUCCAACAAUCAAAGAACAACAGUAACAACAAGGACAUGUGGGGAUGGGCCUGCGUCAACAACGAACGAAAGUCGCUCUUCGAGAACGAGGUCGACUACGAGCUCAUCUGUCGACUACAAAACUGGAGUCUGGUCUGCGCAAUCAUCGAAAUUGUCGUCGAAAUCAUCGUGAUCAUCGUGUACGGCAUCGUCUUCCACCGCUUCUACUCGAAGCGACAGCUCCGAAAGUCCAUGGCAGCCCGCGACCGCGCACGAAGCGACCUCUACCUCGCUCAACUCCGUGGCCAAUCUGCCCCCAACACACCAGGUCUCGCACCUCCCAUGAGUGCACGCGACGGUGGCUGGAGACCGCCGGCUGACUACUACAACAAAGGACCACAGAUCGAAGAGGGCGUGCAGUAUGUUGAUGCAACGCCACCAGCUGUGCCUUCAGCAGGCUUCAAACUUCAAGCGCCACCGAUCAAGAUCACGGGCGCAACACCGAAGAUGGCACAGGUCGGCUUCUCUCCUGUAGCGACUCAAGCACGAGACCGGACACCUUCGCCACCUCAAGACCAACAUUCGCCACUCAUGGCUGAGGCGCCGAGGGAAGUGCAGAAUGACCACUUUGCAGCGGCACCCGGUGAGCAAGUUUACGACUCUGUGCCUAUACCGGGUGCAUACGAGGCUCCUUUAUCGCCUGGUGCGGAGCACAGACAGAUGAAUCUCCCCUCGCGAUGA